ACGCCAAGUGUAUCUAUGACCCUUACUAAGCAAAGGUCCCAUCCCAACAUCAUCCGCACAUUGCUGAAAGUCUACCAGUUCCUGUGGAGUAAUCGGUUCACCAUUUAUCCUAUCAUCAUGAGAUAAAAUAGCAUUAAAGUCACCCAGCACCACCCAGGGAUUUUCGCAUGCUGCUCUUAUGUGUCUCAAGUGAUCCUAUAAAGUUCUUCUUGCACCAGGUGUGUUGAAAUCAUAUACAAAUAUCAUCCAACAUGUGAAAGUGGAGUUCUUAUCUGUGUAGAAUAACAUGAAAAAAUUGGAACUUUCACCUUCACUGUAGAAACAAUUGGAAGAAAAGGAGAAACAACUUGGAAUUUCCACGUCAAUUGCCCCUUAAAAAGUGGUGGAGCUUUAGCAGCAGUAAAAUGGUGCUUACUAAGGUAGAGUGAAAAGAUCAAAAUACCCUAAAAGUAAUAUGAAUGGACAAUAACCGCACAUGUUAAAAUCAACUCAUGUUAGCUCUUUUCUAUAAUAGUUAGAAAUAAACACCUUCUGAUUCAUCAUUAUAUUACACAAGGAAUGAUGUUCUUAAAAAAAGACUCAAUAAUGAAAAUCCAAAUGAUUGCAUUGUCCCUUUCUAUCUAAAUUAGUCCCUCCUUAAUGGUUCUGGCACACCAAAAGAGAACCACAAACUCUUUUAGUACAAUUCUUGUACUAGUACUAUUCUUUUGAUAUUCCUAACUUUCAAGAAACAUGGAAGAAGAAGAAGUGAUCCUUUUAGAUUACUGGCCUAGUCCUUUUGGAUCAACAGCAAGAAUAGCCCUUGCUGAAAAGGGAACCAACUACAUCCACAAGUUAGAAGACUUGUCCAGUAAAAGUCCUUUGCUUUUGGAAAUGAACCCGGUUCAUGCGAAAGUGCCUGUUCUUGUUCAUAAAGGUAAACCUAUUUGUGAAUCGGAUAUCAUUAUUCAGUAUAUUGAUGAGGUUUGGAAAAAUAAUUUUUCCUUAUUGCCUUCUGAUCCGUACCAGAGAGCUAAAGCUAGGUUCUUGGUUGACUUCAUCAAUAAGAAGGUACAUGAAUCAAGUGUAAAGAUAUGGAUGGGGGCAAAUGAAGAGCAAGAAAAAGGUAAGGAAGAACUUAUAGAAUGGUCCAAGAUUUUGGAAGAAGAGCUGGGAGACAAACUUUAUUUUGGGGGAGAUGUAUUUGGAUUUGUAGAUAUUACCCUUGUUCCUUUCUACAAUUGGUUUAUUGUCUUCAAGACCAUUGCAAAUUUCUACAUAAUUGAAACAGAAUGCCCCAAGCUAGUGAUGUGGGGAGGAAGGUGCUUGAAUAGACACUCUGUAUCUAAGUCUCUUCCUACUAAAGAUCAAGUUUAUCAAGCUUAUUUGGAGUUCAAGAAAGGGUGGACACAUGGUCAGUAAACACAUAGACGGAUUCAAAAUUUUAAUUUCCUGAAUGCAGGGUUCAAAUUUUAAUGACCAAACACAUCAUCUUGUUUGAGUUAUACGUUUAUUUAUGAUACUAGAUCCGCCUCUUAUGGGGACCAUACUGCGUGAGUAAUUCUAAUGGUUUAAGAUUUUCAUUUAAGUUGAUUGUUCGAGUCAUGUAAAGACUAAGUAAGAAUAUUACCUUGAUAAAGGGCGUAUCUAUAUGAAGGAACACCAGUUUACGUGUA